AUGGCAGCCUCUCUUCCUAGCUUCGAACUUCCCUCCUCAACUAACGUGGUGGAUGUCAGAGUCAUUGACAGCACUGCGCGGCUGCGUAUACCAAUGACAACCUUUGUAAAGGACCAUGUUCCAGGUCACGAUUUCUUGGAGUGCCCUGCAUACUCAUUCUUGAUCGAGCAUCCAUCCGGCCAGAAGCUCAUCUUCGACUUAGGGCUUCGCAAGGACAUUGGCGCUUCCCCACCAGCCAUCCUCCAGUCUUUUGUCGCAGAGUCAGAGAAGUUGGGAGUUUCUGUAACCGUUGAUACCGAUGUUGCCUCGAUUCUGACAGAAGCUUCCAUUGACUUGAACGGCAUCAAAGCCAUCAUCUGGAGUCAUUGGCAUCUUGACCAUUCUGGAGACCCCUCAACAUUCCCCCCCACGACUUCUCUGGUUGUUGGCCCAGGUUUUAAAGACGUUCUUUUGCCCGGCUAUCCUGCAAACCCUGAAGGAUUAAUUCUCGAGACGGAUUACAAGGGGCGUGAACUUCACGAGAUCGACUUUGACUCUCAUUCAGGCGCCACAAAGAUUGGAGACAUCCGUACCGUCGACUACUUUCAGGAUGGAAGUUUUUAUCUUCUCGAUUCUCCCGGUCAUACCGUCGGUCAUAUGGCCGCGCUGGCUCGAACUACACCUUCGACCUUUGUUCUCAUGGGUGCUGAUACAGCCCAUCACUGUGGCUCUUUCCGGCCUUCACAAUAUCUGCCUCUACCUGAAAAUAUCUCACCAUCCCCGUUUUCUAACCCGUCCUUCCUGCCUGGAAGUAUUUGUCCAGGUGAAGUGCUAGUCAAAGUCCACCCACAACAGGUUCGAGAUAAACCAUUCUACCAGAAUCUCUCAGAAGCCCCAGAUAGAAACGUGGCUGAGGCAGAAAAUUCAGUAGGCAAGGUCAUUGAGCUUGAUGCAAGAGACGAUGUGUUCGUGGUCGUUGCCCACGAUAACACUCUUCUGGAUGUGAUCAAUUUUUUCCCGGACAAGGUCAAUGACUGGAAGGAAAAUGGAUGGAAGGAGAAGAGCAGGUGGAGGUUCUUGAAGGACUUCCACGCGGCCGUGAAGGCCCAGUCAGGGUAG